AAAAUAUUCUGGUCCGAAAUGUCCAAAACAAUGGUCCGAAGUGUCUAACACAUGAUCCGAAAUGUCCAACACAUGGUCCGAAAUGUCCAAAAAUCUGGUCCGAAUGUCUCUAAAUAUGGUCCGAAGUGUCCCAAAAUCUGGUCCGAAAUGUCUGGUCCGAAAUGUCCUAUUACCAAUCAGCGUAUGGCAGAAAGUAGAGAAAGUGCGAAGACAUUGUAGAAAUUGAGCAUUUUAUUGCGCAUUUUAUAAGACAAAUACAAUUUUUUUAUUCAAAAGUAUUAUUAAAAAUGCCUUCGUCGUGUAGUGCACUAGGUUGCACUACCAGGAUAGAGAAAGGUGGUGAAAUCAAGAUGUUUAGAUGUUUGAUAUUUAUAAUUUUGUAAUGCUUUCGAUUUAAGUUUGUAAAUGUUCCUGAGAUCGAAUGAAACGUUGAUUGUUUUCAAAGGCUAGAAUAAAAUUAAUUAAUAUUUCCACUCAUUUAGUGCGCAGUAAAAAUUAAAAUAAUAACUGAUAUUCGGCCCAAAGCGAUUGCAGUAACGCAUUUGCAAACAAACCCUAAUAUGUAAGAUUUUUCGGAGAUAAAACCAGAUACGUAUGUUAAUAUAUAUACCUGAUAAAACUGAUCAGGUAAAAAUUAUUUACUUGUUUACUACUACAAUAUAGUGUAGUAGAUUUUUUAGCAAGUAGAAGUACAUCCGUUUAAACGGUAUCGUUUCGUUUUGUUAACAAUCGUUCCAACGUUAACAUAAAAAAUGUAAACGCGGGAGCCUUACGUGUUGUACUAUGUAUAGCUAACCACAGAAUAGUUCAAAAUAAGUAAAUAUAAUUAUUAUAUACAUAAUAUACAUGUAUAACAAAAAUGAUGCGGAGUGGCCGGCUGAUUAACGCAUCGUACUAUAUUGCUGUCCGCGGGGUUCAAACUCCUCCAAAGGCAAGCUGUUGUUUCCGACUUUACACUCAUUGCUUAGAACAUGCUGAAUCUAGGAAUAGAUUCGAGUGUGUUUCAGUAAGCUUAUAGCUUCCAACAUAAUGGAACUAAGAUAGAUUCUUAUAAACUAAAACGACAUUUUAAUCCGAGUUAUUAGAUUUUAGUUUAUUUAGCAUAACGUACAUAGUGUGUUUACAGCGUUAUUUUCCCAUGUUUAAGAUAAAUAUGUUAUGUUUUCAAACCAAGUUCGGUAUACAUCUGCUUUAAGUUCAAAUAAGAAGAUUGAAUGAAAGUUGAUUGUGAUUUCAAUAUGACAAUUUUCAUUGUUUUCCGAUAGUUACAAUGUACAUGCGUUGUUGUUUAAAUUUGUUUUCUUCUUGUGCUUGCUUACAACAGCUGUAACCAAUGCAAUGCUUAUAAGAAUUGAACAAAAUGAUUUGUUAUUUCCUGGAAGAAUAAAUAAACAAAAGAAACUGGAUGACAGUGUAUGUGUGAAAAUUAGUAGUAAAAUUAUGAUGAAGAUGAUGUAUUUAAAUUUGCACAUUGUUUUGAUUAUUUUUUGUGAAAUGUGGACAACCAACAUGUUUUCGUUGAGAAUCAACAAUCAACUUGUAGAGCCGUAUUUCAAUCACACUUACCAGAUGAAGAUUAAGGGCACACAAGCUUUAAUAUUUUACAUGGAACAAGCUGUAAUGACACACCGAGACACAUUUAAAAGUUUUAAAGCGACAUUUUACAGUCCUUACGGACUCUACAUUAACGGUAUCAACAAUUUGGAAGAAACGUAUACUGUCAACAGAACGUUUUGGAUGAUUACAAACGCAUCAUUACCGAUUGAUUUAAGUGUAAACUUCUAUAUUCCAACUGCAGGAGAUGAAGUGUUGUUAAAUUUCACUAGAAAUGAUUGAAUACUGGGACGAUUUCAGUGUAACAAUCAAUUGCCACCUACAUUAGACCAACAGAAAAAAGAGGAGAAAAUAUAAGAAAGAAAUAUAAGGUUUUAUUUAAAGUUUAAUGUGACUGCUUGUUUCAUAUCCAGUUGUACUUGAAUAAUUGCUAAACGCCAUUCUCAUUUCGAUUUCUUUCAUAUUAAUUACAACCUAUAGCAUACAAAACAUGCACUUGUUAAGAUUAAUUUUCCAAUGACUUAAACUCCGGUUUUCAAUUUGUUAGUGAUUUUUGAUGCAUCAUAAUCAGCCACUGUCUGUUUUCAGCUAUUAUCUGACGCAAAUGUUCUGAUCAUGAAAUAAAU